CUCCAUCUCCCAGCAGGCCCGGCGCGCCGCAGUUUCCGGGCAUGCGCAGCUCGCGCCGGGUCGUGGGGGCCGUUUUUCCGCCCUUAGUCCUGCGUCCGCGGAGGGAGCCCGGCCCGGGGACCGACAGCGGGCUACAGAAUAACGUCGAUGUUUUGCUCCGGAUUGUCCCACUGUUCCACAGGAAAGGCAAUGGCUGCAGCAGAGUUAUCUGAGGGGCCGGUGACUUUCGAGGAGGUGGCUGUGUAUUUCACCGAGUCAGAGUGGGCUCUGCUGGACCCCGCUCAGAGAGCCCUCUACAGAGAUGUCAUGCAGGAGAACUAUGAGUCUGCGGCCUCACUGGGGUUUCCAGUUUCCAAACCUGAUGUGAUCUCCUGCCUGGAACGAGGGGAGGAGCCAUGGGUCCCAGACCUCCGGGACUCUGAGGAAAGAGAGACCCCGAGAGAUACCUGCACAGCAGAUGAUGGGAUGGUGAAUGAGAAUGAGGAGGAGAAUCCUCAACAAGACGAUGCUGAGCAAGUAGAAGCACAUGAGACGUUAUCGGAAAGAUCCAAAGGGAAUGUUUCCUCGAAUUGUGCGCAAGCAAAUGCCUGUGAGAGUCAGCACAGACCAGAAGAAAAGUUCAGUAGAGGCUCAGACCUUAUUAGACAUGAGAGAAUCAACACCGGGGGAACACCGUACAUCUGCCUGGAGUGUGGGAAAACCUUCAAACAUAACUCAGUCUUUAUCAUACAUCAGAGAAUCCACACUGGAGAGAGACCAUACAUGUGCCCCGUGUGUGGGAAAAGCUUCAGUCGCAGCUCAAACCUUAUCACACAUCACAGAAUCCACACAGGGGAGAAACCCUACACUUGCCAUGAGUGUGGGAAAAGCUUCAGUCGGAGCUCAGAGCUUAGGAUACAUAGGAGAAUCCACACAGGAGAAAGACCCUACACUUGCUGUGAGUGUGGGAAAAACUUCAUUCGGAGCUCAGAGCUUAAUAAGCACCAGAGAAUUCACACUGGAGAGAGACCCUACAGAUGUACUGAGUGUGGGAAAGACUUCAUUUAUAGCUCACAGCUUGUCACACAUCAGAGAAUCCACACUGGAGAGAGACCGUACUCAUGCCCUGAGUGCAGAAAAGGCUUCACUUCUAGCUCACAGCUUGUCUCGCAUCAGAGAAUCCACACAGGAGAGAGACCCUAUUCAUGCCCUGAGUGCGGGAAAAGCUUCAGUUCUAACUCACAGCUUGUCUCACAUUGGAGAAUCCACACAGGGGAGAGAUCCUAUCCAUGCCCUGUGUGUGGGAAAAGCUUCACUCAUAGUUCACAGCUUAUCACACAUCAGAGAACCCACACGGGAGAGAAACCAUACACAUGUCCUGAGUGUGGGAAGAGCUUCAGUCGGAGCUCAAACCUUAUCAUGCAUCACAGAAUCCACACAGGUGAGAAACCCUACACUUGCCUUGAGUGUGGGAAAAGCUUCAGUCGGAGCUCAGAGCUGAUCAGACAUCAGAGAAUCCACACAGGAGAGAGACCCUACACGUGUCCAGAGUGCAGGAAAAGUUUCACUCGGAGCUCAGAUCUUAGUAAGCACCAGAGAAUCCACACUGGAGAGAGACCCUACAGAUGUCCUGAGUGUGGGAAAGGCUUCCGUUAUAGCUCACAUCUUGUCUCACAUCGGAGAAUCCACACAGGAGAGAGACCCUACUCGUGCCCUGUGUGUGGGAAAAGCUUCACUGAUAGUUCCCAGAUGAUCACACAUCAGAGAAGCCACACAGGGGAGACCCCCUACACAUGUCCGGAGUGUGGGAAAGGCUUCAGUUGGCACUCAAACCUUAUCACACAUCAGAGAAUCCAUACGGGAGAGAAACCAUACACAUGUCCUGAGUGUGGGAAAAGCUUCAAUCGGAGAUCAAACCUUGCCGCACAUCACAGAAUCCACACAGGGGAGACACCCUAUAGCUGCCCUGCGUGUGGGAAAAGCUUCAGUCGGAGCUCAGAGCUCAUCAUACAUCAGAGAAUUCACACAGGAGACAGACCCUACACUUGCUGUGAGUGUGGGAAAAGCUUCAUUCGGAGCUCAGAGCUUAUCAUACAUCAGAGAAUCCACACUGGAGAGAGACCCUAUAGAUGCUCUCAAUGCGAUAAAGGCUUCAGUUAUAGCUCACAGCUUGUCUCACAUCAGAGAAUCCACACAGGAGAAUAACACUAUAUUUGUAUUCAGUAGGGCUGCCCAAAGAUUUUUUGUUUCUUUUUUGUUGUGGGUUUUUUGGUUGGUUGGUUUUUUAAUGUAUUGGCUAAUUCCCACAUAUUGGUCUUUAAGGUUGAUUGCACCAUUUCCUUUACUGUUGUCUCUCAGCUCCCCUCAGGUGAGUUGCUAUCUUCUACCUUUUGCAGUUCACCUUACUUUGGGGUGAAUCCUGUGAUCCUUUUUUUCAGCUCUUUAAUUUUAUGAGUUAUGGGAGUGUGUGUCCCUCCAGGCAGAAAUGUCCGUCUGUCCGAGUUGGGGGAGAGAGGGUUGACCUCAUCUAGCUACAGUGAGAUAAAAACUAUCUGUGCCUUGUCUCCACUAGAACUGUACAUUGAGUUAGGCCAUGUCUACACUACUACUUAUGUCAGCAAAACUUAUGUCGCUCAGGGGUGUGAAAAAAGCCCACACUCCUGAGUAACAUAAGUUUUGCCAGCAUAAUUGGCAGUGUGCACAGCGCUAUGUUGACAGGAGAGCUUCUCCCACCGACAUAGCUACCGCCGCUCAUUGACAGUGGUUUAAUUAUGUCAACGGGAGAGCUCUCUCCCACCAGCAUAGAGCAACUACACAAGAGAUCUUACACCAGCACGGCUGCAUCAGUACAGCUGUGCCACUAUAAGAUCUCUAAUGUAGACACCGCCUAAAUUGCUCAGAUUGGCUAUCUUGAUGUAAAAACACAACUCUUUUCAGGAAAGACUUAACCCAGGUGCAAUGGUUGUGAUUAGCUUUCCCCUUGUGCUGACCUGAUCUCCAUCACUCUUCAGCCUGGGCUACACUGGGGGGGCAGGGGUUGAACUAAGAUACAUGACUUCAGCUAUGCUAUUUGUGUAGCUGAAGUCGAAGUAUCUUAGUUCAACUUACCUGGCCGUCCUCACGGUGGCGAGUCGACCACGGCGGCUCCCCCGUUGACUCUGCUUACUCUUCCUGCCGAGGUGGAGUACAGGCAUCAAUUCGGGGAUUGAUCUCUAUCCCAUAUCAAGGUUCCUUCCCCACUCUGAACUCUAGGGUACAGAUGUGGGGACCUGCAUGAAAACCCCCCUAAGCUUAUUUCUACCAGCUUAGGUUAAAACUUCCCCAAGGUACAAACUAUUUUACCUUUAGCCCCUGGACUUUAUUGCUGCCACCACCAAGCGUCUAAUAAAUAUAUAACAGGGAAAGAGCCCACUUGGAAACGUCUUUCCCUCCAAAAUCCUCCCAAAACCUACACCCCCUUUCCUGGGGAAGGCUUGAUAAAAAUCCUCACCAAUUUGCAUUGGUGAACACAGACCCAAACCCUGGGAUCUUAAGAACAAUGAAAAAUCAAUCAGGUUCUUAAAAGAAGAAUUUUAAUUGAAGAAAAAGUAAAAGAAUCACCUCUGUAAAAUCAGGAUGGUAAAUACCUUACAGGGUAAUCAGAUUCAAAACAUAGAGAAUCCCUCUAGGCAAAACCUUAAGUUACCAAAAGACACAAAAACAGGAAUGUCCAUUCCAUUCAGCACAACUUAUUUUAUCAGCCAUUUAAACAAAACAGAAUCUAACGCAUAUCUAACUAGAUUGCUUAUUAGCCCUUUACAGGAGUUCUGCAUUCCUGCUCUGGUCCCCGCAAAAAAAAAACACAGACAGAGAGAACCCUUUGUUUCCCCGCACACACCCUCACCCUCCAGCUUUGAAAGUAUCUUGUCUCCUCAUUGGUCAUUUUGGUCAGGUGCCAGCGAGGUUAUCUUAGCUUCUUAACCCUUUACAGGUGAAAGGGUUUUUCCUCUGGCCAGGAGGGAUUUAAAGGUGUUUACCCUUCCCUUUAUAUUUAUGACAGGUGCCAAGGCCCUUUUCAGUUUGAGGAGGCCAGCUAUUAGAGCACAUCCAUUUAACCCUCAGACUAGGCUGUGGAAACCUUCAGAACUUUUAUUUUUUGUGUCACAUGAAGCCGUGUUCUCAGCUCUCUGUGCUUAGGUAUCAUGCUCUGAUCCUAAAUCAGACUCGUUGGGGCUGGAAAUGAGUGUCACAGACCUACAGGGGGAAUUUGAAAGGAUCCCAAACAGAUUAACCUUUCUGUGCUUUAAUCCUUGUUUCUGUCUAUUGGCAAAGUUGCUUUCAGGAUUUUUCCAGCUGAGCUGGGAUUGUUUCCAAAUGGGAAGAUUGGCUGAUAUUCACCAUUAUGAUAAUUCUAAAACCUUUGUAACUAGCAUGACAGAAUAGUGGAGAUGCUGAGUGAAGAAGGUUUGAAUGGAUCAGAGGACAGUGCAAUAGGAAAAUCUGUUCUAAUUUGGCAUCAUGAGAUGUAAGAUGUUCUGGAGUUUCAUUUUAUAUGAUACUGAAACUGUCUUAUUCUCUUGUGUGUUUUGGGUUUCUCUCUUUCCUGAGGGCAUUUGAUAACAUAACUGGACUUUAGUUUCUCUAUGAUAGGGUGAAGUUCAGGUUUUUGGAGGAGUUUGAAACGACCAUUUACUAAAACAACAAUUUCUUUCAUGUGUGUCUAUUUUUCCACUCCUCCAUUAUGACAUGGAGGAGGUCCAAGAGCAGUUCAGUCGUCAGGAACGAGCACUCAAAGCUAUUGGAUUUGCUACCACAGAAACAGUAGCACUUUAAAAAUUCUACAUCUAACUAAGGAAUGGAAUUGAGUAACAAUGUGAUCAUAUAGUUUGGGUCAAUAUUGUCUUAGAGGAUUCAAGGACAAUAUUCCACAGUAAGUGACUCGGAACUCAGCAAAAUGCCCAUGUAUUUGGGUCGCAAGGCAGUUGUGGCCCAGACCUAACAGGUGUAUUCUGAAGAUCUCUCUUUUAUAAUCAAGUGCACAUUGCGUAUUAUUUCAGAACACAUUUCCUACCUAUGUAGAGAUGGAGAAAAUGGAAGUGGUAUUUUUGCUGAGUUUACACCUUAUAGAUGCUGCAAAUAUGUAUAAAAUAAAAUCCGUUGUGAGUGUGAGAUAGCUGCAGCAGUCGAUCUAUUUUUAAUAGAUACCCCACCUUUGGUAACUUACAUGGCUUGUGAACCAGGCCCAUAUCUGUGCCACCAGAUUAAUAAAUAAACUGGGCAUGCUUGGUUGGGGAAGUGAUUCCUCACUCUGACUACUGAGAUUUUCUGUGAUGUGGUAAAGGAGUCUACUCCAGAGAAGUAAAGUUACCCUGACCAUGGCUAAGGAUUAGACUAGUUUUUAAGUAGAAAUAAUAGGCACCCAGUGUUUGAUUUUUACCCCAGAGAUGGAAACUAGGGUAACUUUAGGCUCAGGUAACCUGUUUAUGUUAGAACAUUAUCUCUUAGUUCAGUGGCAGAUUAUGGUUCAAAUGAUGUUGUGGUAAGAUAUUGGGGAGUUGUUGUCCUUUACCAUUUGGAUCCAGAGUUUUAUGAGCCAAAGAAAGAAACAGUUGAUGCCUUCAGAGGACAGCCCUUCCCCAUGGAUCCCUAUCUGGCUGUCUUGUUGGAGAAGAAGAACUUCCAUGCUGUGCAAGUGAUGUUAACCUAUGAGGGAAUGAAUGUCAGACUCCCAAGCUCAGACUGCAGGACUGAUGACUGUUGAGUCCUGAUUCCAUGGUUCUGGCUCUCAGUUUUGCUCCCAUGUCCUAUGAAUUUGCAUCGCUUCUCCAUCUCCUGCAACUUUGAAAGAUUAGAAAUUGUGAAAAUAGAAUACAAAUGUUUUUUCUCAAGAGAACACAUCUGAGAUGACUUCCACCAACACUUAUGAUCGAAGACCCAGAGAGAAAUGAACUCCCAGAAAUAGAAGGCACCUAUGUUAGUACAGAACACAACUUUACACAAGACUUACUUGGUGGAAAAGGGGAUUCAGAGAAAACUAACACAGAUGAUAAAAUUGUGUAGCCUUCAGAUAUGUUGUUACCAGUGAAAAUGAAAUUAAACAAAGUUUAUUGCAGAA